AUGGCCGAGAAAUUAGGGGACCUAUUGGUGGAUUAUACUACGAAAAGGAGAAUAAGGGCCGAUGUGCAAGAGGGCGAUACUGGGACGGGCAGUUUCAGCGAAAUAUUCUGGGGGGACGUUAAAACAGUAUAUGACGCGUUAUUGGAUGCAAUGGAGGAACACAGGCCUGAACUAGACUCCUUGUGCUCAUCUAUCGUGCAGGAUGGGCACACGUUCACACUAGGCCCGGAGGAUUCAUCCUUAUGCAAGGACAUCAUGAAAGUUUAUUAUUUUAUGGAUGGUAUGCGAACAGCGGCCGCAACGCCGUCGCAUGUAAUUCAGCCUGAGGACCCGAUACACUCAUUCAUGAGGUGCAUGGUAGGAUACGUCACUUUAGCCACACAAUUUGCACCGCAGUGUCAAUUCAACAACUUGGUUCCACAUGCACGCGCGCUCAUAGAGGCCAUGCGGACAAUGGCCACAGUGGACACUAGUAAUAGUGCAUGCAACGGAUUGGAUUUCGAUACACUAAAAAUAGGGUACAAGUUGGUAGGAGCAACCAUUACGGAAUGGAUCGAGGAGAACAGUAGUCGGUGGCACGCAAUCAUGGAAGAUUAUAUGCACGCCUCUUGUGUCGACCACACCACAAUUCAGGCAGGCACCAACAGCGGGCAGGAUACACACGAAGAGAUAGAGCCACAGGGUGUACUAGGGACAAUUAGUCUGGACGAUUUAAAACAGUUGGCCGAUAGUAAAGAUGAAUUAUCGAAGGAGGACGCGACUGAAGUGUUAAUACAGAUAAAGGAUGAGACGGAUGGAAGCAACAUAUUGAGGAAGCUCCAGGAAGGCCUUCAGCAGGUUGAAUCCAAGAGAAUGAACAGUGCACCACGGGCGACACCCGCCUCUGUGGCCGGCACAUCCGUUGCAACAAAACCGGCAGCACCCACACCACAAGGCGCCAAGCCGGCAACAACAUUACCAACGAAUGGGACAACAGAAGACAAAACACAAGGCAAGGGGGGAGAAACAUCACCAGAAGGAACAGGAGCACCUCCAGCACAGGGAACAGACACAGGACGAAACGCAGCAAGGAAGGAAGAUACAGACGACACACAACCCGUGGCAGGACCCCCACCUGCGGCACCACCAUCAGCACAGGACACUGGGGGCUUGGGAACAGGAGAAUCAGGGGGCCACGGACCAGGACCUGGACAACAACCCCCCCCACCUCCACCACCACCGUUACAGGACCCUGCAAGAAAGGAAGAGAGCACACCAAAGAACCACAAUGACACUGAAACAGGUGAGUAUACUUGUGCUCACGACCACUCCAAUGGUGCGGGCCCCGGCACAGAGUCACAUGCAGGUUCCAGUGUGCGCAUUACCAAAGGCCGCUAUAUCCCUGAAGGUCAACCGUCAUGUGAAAAGAUUAACGAACUUCUGCGCACUCCGAACAGUCCGCCAAAUAAUUCUAACCCUACGGACAACAAGAGUAAUAGGAGCCAAGACGAGAGAAACCAAACGUCGAAUGAGAAUGAGCGGCAGACCGAGACAGCCGCGGGAUCCCAGGCACCACCGCAGGCCUCUAAUGCGCAGGACCCUGAUACCCAGCCUAAAGCGAGUGCGGGACCUCAUGGUAACACGAAGUCCAUUGAUGAGGGUGAACACGGUGAUCCCAACAAAGACCAAGGCCAGCCUUAUGGUUCUCAAAAGGAAUCUAAAGAAACUUCCUCCCCUGAAGUCCAGAAUCCGUCCAGUGAUCCCAGUGCAGCUGCUCCCGCGGUUCCUAAUCCAGCCCCUGGUGAAGCAGAUGAUAAGGUCGUCGAUGGAGGAAACGAUGACCCCCCUCCACAGGGAGGCACAUGGAAUGACG